UGGUCUUCGGGGAGAGGGGGUAGCAAUUUUCGAAGCAAUUGUCUUCUGUCUGAAGGCAAUUACACGCUAUUGCGCGAUAUGAAGUGCGCCAUCUCGGCAAAAGAAACACGACAUGGCUGCAUUUUGCAUUUUAUUCGGUACAUUUGCGAGUCCCGGAGAACUAACGCGAUUAAAGUAGUCGACGUGUAAUUACGAUUGAUCGCGGUCUCAGGAGAAGACCUGCGCUUCGCGAGGCGAGCACCUCCAUGAUUAUUCCGCGAGCGACGUUCGCGUUUUCAAUCUUCAACCUUAUCGAACAAAGUUGACGCGCGCUUUUGGCGCGUUGACAUUUCCGCAACGUCCUGCAACAUUCAGCGAUAAUCGCAGAACGAUGAAGCGCACAAGCACCAUCAGCCGCCUGGUCGAAAUCGGCCUGCGUUUCGUCGGCAUGUGGCCGGACUCGGAGUACGCGACUCUUUAUUGGCUCAUCUACAUGACGACGAUAGUGAUAGUGCAGUAUUAUCAGUACGCGUACGUCCUCGCGCACUUUGACCUUAGUGAUCUCUCGCUCCUCAUGGAUUGUCUCGGUCUCACCUUGGCGUACACGCUCGCCGGCCUCAAGCUUUUCGUUCUGUGGUGGAAUCGCCGGUAAGACGACUUUCGCGCCGUGAAACUUGCUGGUGAUAUUUUUGUAAAAUGCCAACGAGAUCGUGUAACCUUUUCUUACGAGCGGAAACGUGACGAGUGACAAGUUUUAC